AUGCAAGGAUCCACACCCCCGACUGUACGUUCGCAUACUCCUCCCUCUAUUAGUGGCAUAGAUGUGUCCGAGCUACUCUUCGCACUCCCCUCGAGCACUGAAGGAGUCUCUCAUGCCAUCCGCGUCCGCCUCCCUGGGAGACAACCAACACCAGACGAGGCAGUGGAAGAAGGUCCACGCACACCACAGCAAGACGGCCCCACUCCUUUCACCUGGGCUGUCUCCAGGAAAGACUCAAAAGCGAAGAUGGAAUAUAAAUCCCACAAGAUGAAGUCGAGGGGCAAAUUGAGCGAGACCAGCUUUUUGCUUCAGCAGGUGUUGGGUGAACGGCCGGAGCCCCCAGCACCGCUCGUCGGUCCGCCUGUGCCGGAGGAAUGGGAAGAGGAGUUGGAAGCCGCGGCAGCUGCGGACGCUGCUCGCCUACAGACCGCGAGAGCCGAGUUGGAACUCGCUGGUCAAGGUGGCUCUAUCGAUGACGAACCGGCACAAUAUGAAUCAAAUGAUGAUAGAGAGUCAGAAGACUACGAGGAUAGCGACUCGGAAUCGGAAUCGUGGGUUGAGAUGACUGAGCAAAUCGAGCGCAAUGGCAUCGCCUUUUUGACCCCUCAACAACCCAUCGAUAUGCUCGCCGAUGUCAGUGUGGAGUGGGAAAUGACAUCCAUCAGCGAUUCAAAUAACCAAACCUCCUCUUUCGACACCGAUUUCAGCUCCUUCGUCCCAGAGGCUGAUUCUUCCUGGGACAUCCCUUGUACGCGAUUGCUCCACAAACGAGAAUCGAGCUCCGCUGGAGCGGAUUCCGAGGCUCGCAAAAAACACAAACAAGAUACCUCAUCUUCCGAUAAUAGCACUUUCAACGUCCCUCCCCGCCGUCAGGCAUCCUUUGGGGCGACAUUUAGCUUCCUGCGAAACCAAGUGCCGAAGGAAGCCAGCCCUCGAGCGACUGAACAUGUGGGCGGCGGGAGUACACCGCCAUCUCCUAACACUGUCCUCUCGUCCUCGCCAUUCCAGGCCCCCGAAGAUCUUAUAUCGCCAACAUUUGAAGAUUAUGAACCGCAAUGGUGGCGUCCCGGUCUUGCGAGGUUGCUCAAUCGAUGGGAAAAAACUAUUUCUGCCGCCACAGGCAAGCUGCCGCCUCGAGCAAUGCCCUACGCAAAACAAGCUGUGUGUACUGGCAUCACUUUCAGCAGUGUUGACCAGAGGAACGAGUCAUUGGAUCCGGUCCCAAAUGUAAACAUCCGCCUCGACUUCGAAUCGGUCCGCAGGAUUACGGUGUUUGAAGUCCACACGCAUAGCUCGCUGGAGCAAAUCGAAAAGGGGACGUAUCCGUUUCAGUCAUUGAAGCCAGAAGCGGGACUAUGGACGGUUAUCCGAAUUGAUGAGAAAGAAGAAGACUCGGAUCUGGAUGUCACUAGUACCUCGAGAGUGAACGCUCGACUUCGAAAGGAUGGCCUUCGAAAUGGGAGUCCCGUGUCUUCGGCCUGGCAGAUUAUCGCCUUCCCGUCCGAGAUGAUCACUUCUCGCCGUGUGUGGACAUCGUCUGAGAAACCUUCGCAGCUCACCACAUCGAAGACCUACCGUCCAUCACCGGGGUUGCUGAGCGGUGGGGCCAUACCUUUCUGGCUGCCCAACCUCGCCCCCUCUCCCCGCAACAAAGGCCGGCCAAGCUCUUACCCAGGCCCCAAAGCCGCGGGACCCAUGCCAACAAAGUGCUUCGACAAGCGGCCCGCGGCAUCUUCUGGAUAUACCCCACGGUCGCACCCAGAACUGACAGAGAAAGGCGAGCUGGUGCCAUGCUUCGUGACGUCAUCCCCAGCGUCUUCUAGCAAAAUCCUUCGAUCGCUUCCGAAACCGGCAUAUAAAGGCAAGAUGGUGUCACGCUUCUUGCAGUGGGAGUUUGCCAUGUUGGGACGCUUGCCCCUCAUGGACGGAGAAGGCGUGGACCCGGGGUUUUGGGACUCGUGGAUCACGGCGGUUGGGAUGGGUUGUGGGCGCAUCGUGAUUGAACAGCAAACGUUGUCGGGAAUUGGGUCCAAAAAGGUUGUCGAUGGAGCAUGGAAGGGGAGGAAAGGCCGCAGGAAAGGAAACAUGUGCUGAGGAGUGCAUUUCGGCAUCAACGGGGUACCGAAGGCCUUCUAGGAUCCUUGGCCGAAGGAUAAACUAAAGGACAAGGGAAGCUCAAUCAUAACGAGGAAUGCGGGUAUGAUGACGAGCCAAAGGCUUGAGCAGCAAGAAACAGAGACAUAGGAACCGUGUCCGUAGAUCGAACGGAUGAGUGCGAGAUAGUGUAUAACAGCAUUCAUGAGAUUCUUCAACCACAGCGUAUAUCAUGUCAGAAGUAUGCCAGCACACCUCGUCAUCUCCGCGUUACUCAUCAAGUUUCUCCAUACCAAAUGAGGCGAAGCCAAACAUCUCAACAAUGGGUAUAAUACGCGCAAACACCAAACAAAAUCACUCCUCCUCCCACACCCAAUCCCCCUCCCCCACCUUCACGCAAACCAAAUACCCCCACCC